CACACAUCUCCCUGUCACUCCAUUCACCCCAACAGUCACAUCUUGGAAUUUGAUACCGAUAUGAAGGUCUUUGCCGUUAUCACCACCCUCCUCACCGCCGUCAGCGCCGUAUACGCUACCGGUCUCCAGGUCGAGACGACCUACAAGCCCGUCGAUUGUCCCUUGCAGAGCAAGAAUGGCGAUAAAUUGAGCAUGCACUACACCGGAACCUUGGCCGACAACGGCAAGGAGUUUGAUAGCUCCAGGACGCGAAACCGGCCGUUCGAGUUUACCAUCGGUAAAGGUCAAGUGAUCCAAGGAUGGGAGCAAGGUCUCCUGGACAUGUGUGUCGGGGAGAAGAGGAUCCUGACCAUUCCUUCCAAUCUGGCAUACGGUGACCACGGUGCCGGCGGUGUGAUUCCCGGCAAGGCGACCCUCAAGUUCGACGUAGAGUUGUUGGAUAUCAAGAACCGAAAGGCCGAGAGACAGGAGCUUUAAGCAUGAACCAACACUCUCGGUGUACGGUCAUACCACCAAGGUGGCCGUAUACAAAGAGGCGGCAUCCAGCGGAGAUGGAUGCUCAGGCGGCAAUGUACAAGAGCAGCGGGUGUGCUUAUGUUACAACAUUCAGACAUCUAAAUGCACCACAUUACAAUAAUCAGGUCAUGUUGAUCCCGAAAC